UAGGUUAAAUCCAGAACACAGGAUACGACACGUUUCUUUCUUAGCUGUGUUGCUGUGUUAAAAUUCUAAUUCCGUAUCUCCCACAUUCACGAAGCUAAGUCACCAAAACUUCUCCGAAGCACAUAACAUCCAUUAAUACAUCAUGGAAUGAUAUACAUUCAAAGUUUCCUUCCAAGAGGACACCCUGACUCCAGACUCAUCUUCCUUGGAAAACUUGCUGACCAUUAAAAACAAAAUCAGGAGCAAUGUCAAAAAGGAAGGCCUCAAUCUCAGUAGAGGAGUUGACAAAUGGUGAUGAGUCUCCGACCAUUAUUAAACAAGAGCCGGUCACCCCUGUUAAACAGGAGCCCUUUGCCAAAGCACCAAUUGUAGGCCUGAACGAAGAUGCCGAGAAGGUGCUCAAUCUUCUACAAAGCCAUGGAACAGCGGGUGUUUCUGAUGAUGUCAUUGCCAAAUGCUACCCGGAACUCGGCCCACAAGAUCGAGUGGCCAUCAUCAACAAACUAGUCGCAGCAGGCAAAGUAGGGAUUUUCAACCAAAAAGGCGUUCUUGUCUACAAAGCCAAAGAUCCAGCAGAAGGAACACAAAUCAAAGGUUCUAAUGUUGAGGAGAAAACUGUCUUUACCAUCGUCAAAGAGGCAGGGAAUAAAGGAAUAUGGAUAAGAGACAUUCGACUCAAGUCCAAUCUGAUCCAAACCCAACUGAAUAAAGUCUUAAAGUCAUUGGAAGGGAAGAAAAUGAUAAAGGCUGUGAAUUCUGUAGCAGCUGGAAAGAAAAAACUCUACAUGCUUUACGACCUGGAACCAGAUCGCUCAAUUACAGGAGGCGCGUGGUAUUCGGACCAAGACUUCGAAUCAGAAUUUGUAGAUAUUUUGAAUCAGCAGUGCCUACGGUUCUUGGUGAUGAAGAAAGAGCAGCUGGCUGAUAAAAUUUACGAUUAUGGCCCUCUCGAGGCCCAAACUCUAGUCUCCGCAACUGCUCAAGAAGUCCUAAAAUUUAUUUCAGAACUUGGCAUUAGUAAAGUCAAUUUAGCUGAGGAAGAUAUUAAAGUUAUCCUAGAAACUUUGUUUUAUGACGGCAAGAUUGAAAAAACCUUGUUGGCUGAUGGCACUUACAGUUAUCGUGCCGUCGAGAUGCUGUUACCGCCGCCAGGCUUUGUUAAAAUGCCGUGUGGUGUUUGUCCAGUCAUUAGGAAAUGCAGUAGUGUUGGUUUGGUCAAACCAAAAACUUGUGAAUAUUUAACUGACUGGUUGAAAAAAGAGUCUGAAAUUUUCUAGCAGUAAUUGGUCCUCUCCUUUGAAAGUUUGCUUCAGGAAGUGACCAGGGCAAUUUUUUUCUACCUUUGUAGCUCUGUGAGAGUUUGUUAUGAUAAUUUAGUUUACCUUUGAAAUUUUAUGUGAUGUUUUAUACUUGCCUCAAUUGUUAUGGACUCGAUUAAAUUCAUCGGUGCAAUCAAUUCUA